AUGUAUGAUUCAGAAUUGUUACCGGUCUCCACCUCCGGAAAUGACGGCGAAGCUCCUGGCAAUGCAGGGCCUGAAAUGGAUCAGCGCCGCAUGGAAGAAUGGGAGCGGCGGCUUGACGAUUUCGUGCGACAGGGAGCGAAUAACCGCGACGGCGAUCUAUUGGCUACGAAAUAUCCGGGCCUGCUGGACCCGAAAAUGCGCGUCUGGCCCAUGCCACGUCAGUUUAAGUCGUCCAAUGGAAAGGAUGUUGUCAGGCCGGCAAUUUUUAGCCCAUUUAGCCAGUUGACCGUCUCAUUUGGUAAAGCCUCAGCGGCCGACGAGGAUUCCUCUCGUGACCUUGUGACAAAAGCGUACAACCGGUACCAUCGCAUUAUCUUCGCGCACGAGUAUGGCGACGACUAUUCCGAGCUCGACGAUUCGUUUGCGAGUGGGACGUCGCAGGGGGGUAAAGCUGCGACCAACUCCCGUGCGACGGUGGUGGUGAUAGAGCAAAUCGAUGUGCAAAUAGCGCGGCCAGGAGAACCGCUGGAUGUAGGGGUGGAUGAGAGCUACUCUCUCUCGCUCGGAGGAACAAGAGAGCCAGGUGCCGCUCUGAUAAAGGCCAACACAUCGUUUGGUGCCCUCAGAGCGUUAGAGACGCUCAGCCAGCUGUGUCGCUACCACCACCCCUCACGGCUCGUGACUAUUCAUGGUGUGCCUCUCACAGUGGAAGAUUCUCCCCGUUUCCACCACCGGGGGCUGCUCAUUGACACGGCGCGGCAUUUCCUCCCGGUGGUGGAGAUAGAGAGAGUGCUUGAUGCCAUGUCUUAUGCCAAGCUCAACGUGCUCCACUGGCACCUGGUGGACGCUCAGUCCUUCCCCAUUGAGACGCCCUCCUUCCCUCGCCUCUGGGAGGGAGCUUUCUCCCAGGCAGAGCGAUACACUCUCAAGGACGCCAAACACAUUGUCAGGUAUGCAGCAGCACGUGGCAUCGUGGUCAUCCCUGAAAUCGACACUCCCGCCCAUGCGACCUCAUGGGGAGUGGGCUACCCUGUGCUCUACCCCAGCCCCACCUGCAAGGAGCCUCUUGAUGUCUCAAACGACUUCACAUUUGAGCUGAUUAAGGGCGUGCUCACUGACCUGCGGUCAGUGUUCACAGGCAGCAGAAUACACAUAGGCGGGGAUGAAGUGAAGGAAGACUGCUGGAUACAGUCUGAACGGAUUUCCCAGUGGAUGAACCAGCAGGGAAUGCAGCCAAGGGAUGCCGUCCGCUACUUCUCCAACCGAGUUCGAUCCAUUGCCUUGGAGUUGGGAUGGGAGAAGACUAUUGUAUGGGAGGAAUCAUACCAGGGUUUUUCAGAGGACCUUAACAAGACGACCACCAUCCUUCAAAACUGGUUGAAUGUUGACAUCCUUGGAAGCAUGGCUCGUGACAACUUUCGAAUUAUUUACAGCAAUGUGUAUGGCGGAUGGUACCUCGACUCUAUGGAUGUGGAUUGGAAUAGAGUGUACAGUACAGACCCAACACAACACCUUGUAGUGGAUGGCUCUGUACCGGAGCAUCUACUGGAAGGGGGCGAGGUGUGCAUGUGGGGCGAGAAGGUUGACUCGUCCGACUUCAUGCCGACCAUCUGGCCACGAGCUGCUGCUGCUGCUG